CGGUCGGGUGAGUACUCCAGCCCGCUCCUCUUCUGGGUCUUCUUCUUCUCAGCGCGGCUGCCGAUGCGCCGGCGGCAAGGCGACUCGCCUAGGCUCGGCGCUUGGGUUUCUCUUCUUGGCUGCGCCAACAAAAGGUGGACCCUUCCUCCGAGCUAGGGUGCUCCCCGGAUAGGGGAGAGGGGCUGGGUAACCAGCGGUCCAGUUAGCAACCUGUGGCUGCCACAAGCAGGCGGCCCGGAAGUCUCCAAAUGACCCCGGGAGCGCAGGAGUGGUGGCACUGAACCAGCGCGACCGUCUUGUUUUUCUUGUUUUUUAUUAUUAUGCAUAUUGCUGUUGGUACUCUGCUGGGUGUGCAAGGGGAGAAGGGUGCCUCUUGCGUUGGUGAAAUCCUCCCUGGUGAUCGCAGAUAAACGCUCUCCUCCACCCCUGGCGGCUGCAUUCGGCUGGAAUUGGGGGUACGUGGGGGGCACGGCGCCUUGGGAUGGGCAGGUGGCGGCUCCCAGAGCGCAGAGGAGAAAUUUUCUGUGGGCUCUGGAUCCAGGAUCAACCAUCUCCAACCCUGUAGUGGCUCUGUCCCUUAAUCCGCUCUCUUGGCGUGCUCUGGACACCUGGGCCGCAUCCCCUGUGAAGUGCACAGCAGCGGAGAGGCCCAGCGCCCGGCCCGGGGCCCUCUCAAAACUUCCGAAAAGCCAACGGGUUGGAAGGGUUUCCGCGAGCGCACAGAGUUGCGGAAAGGAGGUAUGGGAUGGGGGAGGGGCCUGGCCGGUUGGAGUAGGGCAGGAAGCCCCUUGAUUUCGUGGCCUUUGAGAAGAUUUAGAAUGAUGCUUGAUUCCAUGGAGCUGGUGACUAUCCUAACAACACAUUUUGUGGCCCCCAAGGCUGGACUCCAGUUUUCCUGGAUGCCCAGAGGAAGGUCUGAGAUAACCUACUGGACCUUCUCUGGGCAAAGAUCGUAACUGUAAUGUAACUGGUUUUCCCCCAAUUAUGUGUGGUGCCUGCUUAGCUGGGAGAGUGUUGGUUUUAGAAACCAGGGCCAGAGGCCAACAUUGGCAGUACCUGGCUUUGGGAUUAAAAAAAAAAAAAAGCAAAACAAAACCCCACAACAUUAUCGGAAGGUCUCUGGACCUAGUUGCCUGCAGGUGGGAGUUCUUUUACUCACAAGGGUUCAAGACCGCUGGAGUGUGGUGGUUAGAGGGUUGUUUUGGCUUGUUUCUGUACUUGUUAAUUUACUUGAUAGUUUUCUAAUUUGGCCAGUAAAGAUACAAGUAUGUCUCAAGCCUGGACCGAUGGGGGGGGGGUGUUCCUGCAUUGGGAGGAGGUUUCUUCUGGGCACAUUUUCCCUUACCUGGUCACAGCACCCCAGAGACUAAGCCUCAGUCCCCUCCAGCCCAAUUCUCAGUCUCCUGGCUUAGUGAAUCAAUUCAGAAGUUACUGGGAGCCUUAAGAAGAUGACAAAUUCCAGAUUUGUAUUUUGGCCUCACUGCCAGCCACCUGGGCAUAGUCAGUGUGUGUGUUUAGACACAGAGGAUCCUCAAGGAGCUGGUGAAGUGGGGAACUGGGUCCUGGCCACACCUCUGGUUAUGGUCCCCCCCCCUCCCCAUUCAGGACAUUUGGAAGGCUGGGAGAGCACAGCUCAUCAUCUGGCUGCAUCUUUUAUGGUUCCUCAUUGCCCUUCAUUCGGAAAUGAAAUGCCUUUGAUCUUUUUCUCAGGUUGUAAACGGAAUUGCCCAUCAUUAAAUAUCCAGGACCCCAUCUGCUUGGUCUCCCAGCACUUUUCUUUACAGCUGUUUCUCUUUCUUUCUUUUUUUUUAACCAUUGAAAUUUUCCAAAAGGACUUUUAUUACACCUCCUUUCACACCCAGUCGCCUUCUCUUCGCCCUUUGCUUUAGAGGUGCUUUGGAAAAUAUCUAGAUAUUCGUUUGAUCACAAAAUAAAGGCAAACUAAAGGCUGUGAAGGAUACGGGGAAAAGCCGAUUGGAGUUUUGGUUUUUUCCCUUAAAAAAAAAAUAGCCCUAGGGGGAGGGGAGGGGAGGGAGGGAACCCAGAAAGGCCUGAUUCUGACUUCACUCAGCCUCGGGAUGACCCUUCCUCCUUUUGUGCUUAGCUAAUGUUUACAUCUCAUAAUUCAUGCGCGGGGGGGCCACGCGGUUUAAGUCCCUUUGCGGACUGGCUGCUUCUAUUUCUAAUAGAAGAGGAGAGCAGAAAAGCUUGUGAUCCCAAGGAUGGACCCGCACUGCCUUUUUCUGCUCCCAGAACUCAAAACUAGAAUCAAACGAAAUAAAAUCAAACCACACCCCAAACGAAGAAUCCUCGGAAAGUAGGAGAACUGGAAACUUUCUGGGCAAAGAAGAUCUGUCUGUCUUCUGUAUAUACCCUGUAGAUCCGAAUUUGUGUAAGGAAUUUUGUGGUCACAAAUUCGUAUCUAGGGGAAUAUGUAGUUGACAUAAACACUCCGCUCAUUUUUUUCCAGAAGAAAAAAAAUUCAUUAUUAUUUUCUAAAUGAGGGCAACCCAGUGACUGACCUGGAGAAGACUCUUUCCUUUUUCUUCCAUCCUUUUUCUUUUCUUCCUUCAAAUGGUUUGAGAGGGAGGAAUCAGCUACCUGAAUUCCCCCUUGCCCGCCCCUGGGAGCUUUGCUCCUUUACACUUAAGAAGUUCUUGUUGUUGUGUUGUUGAUGGUGGUUUAAAUUUAAUCCUCUUAGCCCAAGCCCAUCUUUAAUUUUUUUAUUAUUCUGGGCCAGGAGGGGGCUUUAUUGGAAAUUCUGGGGUGUGUGUGGGGGGGGGGAGACUGUUACCUACAGAAUGUAUACAAAGGCAAAGGAAAUUGGCUUUCAAACGGAUGCUGAGUUUGCCUUUCCCUUUCCGUCUGGAUCUCAAACAAGAUGCUUUGGAAAUAUGAGGUUAUUGGGGGUGUUAUUUGGAGGGCGGGCCGGGUCACCACUAGGGCUCCUCUUUCUAGCAUCACAAGCAUGUGAGGUUUCUAUUCGUCUAGGAGACUGUGACAUUACUGACAAUUAGAAAGUCUAGGCGCCAUGGUUAGUAUUGCUCCGUUGCUUCUGGAAUUAGCAAAAUGCUAUUCAAUUUGCUCUUAAAAGUUGCAGGGUGUUUUUUGUUUUUUUGUUUUGUUUUUUUAAACUCUAGCGCUUUUCUUCUGAGCUUGGUCCAUGUGGGGCAGAAAGGAGCACAUAGAAGUGGACAGACAGACUGACGGAUACAGCCAAGCUAAUAGAGCAGCUAAAUGCGAUUUGGAAAGCGAGGUCUCCCCGAAUUAGCGCAUGAAUUUCCUAUCGAUCCGCCCGCGGUUCCAUUCAUCUCUGACAAGUCCCCGCGCGCCCCCCGCCCGCCCGCUAGCUCCCCACGCCUCCUCUCUCACCUCCUUCCCCUCCCCAUCUGGCUGCAAAGAAAAGCCCUAAGCUUAGGGUCCCUCAUCCCCAGUGGGUUCCCCUUUCAAAACGGAGACACCCCCACCCCCCACCCCCCAGUCAUUUAACUCCCCAUAUAGACCCAGGGUGUCUGGACUUCCUCUGGCUUUGAGGAGAAGAGGGAAGCUAUUUGAGAGGCAAAGAAAUGCUGGGCAGAGGUGAGACAGGGCCGGAGGGGGCUACAUGGGUAGCCCCAACUUCUGAAGGGGACAGGAAUUGCGCUCAGCCCCAGCGCCCCAACAGGCCUUCCAGUCGCAACCUGCUGGCCGUCGAUCGCUCAGGCUCCGGUUCUCUCUGGUGUGGGAGAGAGCGAGGCGAGGAGGGGGUCGCCCCUCAAGAGCCCUAUGUAAAUCCUGGUGUUGGGUGGGUGGGUGGGGAGGGGGGGGAGAGAAAGGGGAAAUAAACCUCUUUGGCUGGAGUAGGGUCCGGGUGAGCAGAUUUCCUUAUCCGGGAAUCGCAGGCGGGGUGGCCAUUGGCUCCGAGGAUCACGUGGGCCCCUAACUUUGUUCACUUGACAGUAAGUAGGAGGGCUUUCGGAAACAGGAAAACGAGUCAGGGGUCGGAAUAAAUUUUAGUAUAUUUUGUGGGCAAUUCCCAGAAAUUAAUGGCUAUGAGUUCUUUUUUGAUCAACUCAAACUAUGUCGACCCCAAGUUCCCUCCGUGCGAGGAAUAUUCACAGAGCGAUUACCUACCCAGCGACCACUCGCCCGGGUACUACGCCGGCGGCCAGAGGCGAGAGAGCAGCUUCCAGCCGGAGGCGGGCUUCGGGCGGCGGGCGGCGUGCACCGUGCAGCGUUACGCGGCCUGCCGAGACCCCGGGCCCCCGCCGCCGCCCCCGCCGCCCCCGCCGCCGCCUGGCCUGUCCCCUCGGGCUCCCGUGCCGCCACCCGCCGGGGCCCUCCUCUCGGAGCCCGGCCAGCGGUGCGAGGCGGUCAGCAGCAGCCCCCCGCCGCCUCCCUGCGCCCAGAACCCCCUGCAUCCCAGCCCGUCCCACUCCGCGUGCAAAGAGCCCGUCGUCUACCCCUGGAUGCGCAAAGUUCACGUGAGCACGGUAAACCCCAAUUACGCCGGCGGGGAGCCCAAGCGCUCUCGGACCGCCUACACUCGCCAGCAGGUCUUGGAGCUGGAGAAGGAAUUUCACUACAAUCGCUACCUGACUCGGCGCCGGAGGGUGGAGAUCGCCCAUGCGCUGUGCCUCUCCGAGCGCCAGAUCAAGAUCUGGUUCCAGAACCGGCGCAUGAAGUGGAAGAAAGACCACAAGUUGCCUAACACCAAGAUACGCUCGGGUGGCACCGCAGGCGCCACGGGAGGCCCCCCUGGCCGACCCAACGGAGGCCCCCCAGCACUCUAGUGCCCACCUCAGCAGGAGUCUCGAACCUAGGGGAUGGGGGUGGGCAGCCAGUGCAGAAGUGGGGGGAUGUGGGGUGCGGGAAGGGACCAUCCCUUCUGGGGCCUGGGCCAGGGCGGGGGGGAGAUCCCUAUUCUCUCUUUCUCACUUUAUCUUUAUAUGAAUAAACAGAGAAGGAGGAUAGGGAAGCUUUAUUUAUAAAAGUGACAAUAGGAGUAGGAAGCCGGGGACGCUCCCCCCUCCCCCAGAAGCAGGAUUCAGGUCUCUUGCUUUCUUCCUUAAAAGAAAGGAAGGCAGAAAAGACGGAAGAAAGAAGAAAGAAAAAGAUAGAAACAUAGGAGGAGACUGCAGCUCCUCAUUUUCAGCUUUGGCGAAGAUGGAUCCACGUUUCAUCUUUAAUCACGCCAGGCCGGGGCCCAUCUGUCUUGUUUACUCUGCCGAGGAGAGGACGGGCCUCGCCGGCGACCAUUACCUCGACACUCGCUAACAAAUGAGGCCGGACUAGGCCGCCGCCUCUGCUGCUGCCGCUGCUGGAAAACAGCCUGGAUUUUUUUUUUUCUUUGUCCCUUACUCCUGACACCCAGCGAAAGCACCCUCUGACUGCCAGAUAGCACAGUGUUUUGGUUAUGGUAACAAAAUACACACACAACCUCUCUCCCUCUGUGCCCAUUCAAGGGGGACAAUGGCUACUCAACCCCCUUCCACCAUGGGGCUGGACAAGGAGGAGUUUGGGGGCUAGCUUUGACAAAGCAGGAACUGGCAGGGAAAUUGAGUCUCAGAAAUUAAAAAAAAAAAAAGAUUGGGACAACCCAGGAGGGGGGGAAGGCCUAGCCAUGCCUGGCAGGGUGAGGGUACAGUUGAGUUCUGUGAGCUGGGCAUGACUUAUGGCACAGGCCCUCUUCUAGACUGAAAAUGAAUGUGAAACUAGGAAAUAAAAUGUGGCCCUCCCACUCUAGGAGGGCAAUGUUGGAGAACCUUCUUCAAUAGUUUUAUCAGUGUUGCAUCAUUUAUUAUUAUUAUUAUUAAUGUUAUUAUUAUUAUUAUUUGAUGUCGUGUUCGUCUUCUCUCCUGUUUUCUGACAUUCCAAACCAGGCCCUUUCCUACUUCUGGGGGCUGCCUGAGUCUAGAACUUUUCAUUGGUGUGAAAAUUGGUGUCCUGUACAGAGUGACAAUAGAAAUAAAUGUUUGGUUUCUUGUGACCAUCA